AUGGGUGCACAACGCACAUGUGGGCGACCUUCGCUCGAGGAACACUUUACGGCGUACAUGAAGACGAAGCAUGCAGCACAACACAUUGAGCACACAUCUGAACAGAAACCUGUUGACACCGCAUCACCAAUACCUACCAAGACAACACGCGAUCCCAUCUCACAUCACUCGACACAUUGCAAGCCGAUCGACUCAGCAAUAGGCUCACCAGAAGCACCAGCAUCGACCAAAUCCACCGACUCAGACUCUCAAACUCACCCCGGCGCAAGACCCUCCACAGACUCAUCUUUCAAAGCCCCAACACCGCUCCGCAACUACCGCGAAGAGCCCAAGCUCUGGGAAGAUUGGUCCCACGAAGGCGGCAAAGCAGGCAAAGCAAUCGCAGACUGGAAGGAGAAAUUCGUCCCUCUCAUCCACGACGUGACCAAGGCCAUGACCAUCCAGGAACGAACCGAAUUCUUCGACCAGCUGACCGAGGACGAUGAGGACCGAUACCUCCAGCCCUUGGCGUGUUACUACACCGUCUACCCCGACCACAUCCCAGACCGCGACCUCAACGAGAAGCAGGUGAAGAAGAUAGAAGACGGAACGAACGACCUCCCACCGCGCAUAGCAGCAGCCCAGAAACGGGUCUUUGCCCGCCACUUCGAUGGGGAAUGGAACUGGGACCCCGAGCGUCCCAUCAUCACUCUCGAGCCAGAUCUCGGUCCCAGGGACGAAGCGUCCCCAGAUGAAGAAUUGGGAAUUUGCCAGCACUGCAUCUCCCAGACUCGAAAGGGUAAAGCCAUGAAGAUCGUCAAACCGGUCAUGAUUCCCGUCCGAGCUAUCCAAAGGAAACUUUCAAAGAGCGUUAGAGUUGAAAGUCAGGCUGGCAGCUCGGUGGCGUCACGGGAGACAUCAGACGAUGAAGAGUCUAGCGAAACCUCCUCCGGCUCGAAACAUUCGAAGCCGAGAGAUGUGACGGAGACGGGGGUGGGGAGGCGGAGACCUAUGAGUGUGCCGCGUAGAAGGAGAGGGAAAGAAUCGGGGGCGGAUAGGUGA